AUGAAUAAAGAAGUGUGUAAAAAGUUUACGAGUAUAUGGGAAUUUUUCCCCGAUACAUUAGAUAAAGGAGAAUAUAAAUUUAAUGAUAAUAAUUUUUUAGAUAGUUAUUGUGGUGGUAAUAAGUGUGAUAGUGCUUUCGAAAGAAUUGCUGGUGGAUGUUUAUAUCUUUUUAUGCAAAUAUUUGGAACUUCUGAAUUGUUUACGUCUGUUGCAAAUAAUAACAUCAAUAUUGUUGAUUACAUUUUGAUAUGGUUAAGUUAUAUGUUAAACCUAAAGGAACAAACAGGAAAUGAUAACAAUCUACAAUUUUUUUAUAAUACAACUAUAAAUAAUGAUAGGUAUCAAAAGACUAUAACUGGCGUUGAAAAUUAUUAUGAAAAUUAUAAGAAUCUUAUAGAUAAAAAAAAAUAUUUUUUGGGUAUGGAUAAAAAAAUUAUAUCUAAUUUUUAUGAAGCAUUUAAAUUAUUAUGUGAAAUGUAUGCUGAAUUUGAUGAUAAAACACCAUAUUGCACAAAAAGUUCAGAAAAUGCUAACAAAUUUGUUAAAAAAUAUAAUGAACUUAAUAAAGAUCAUAGUAUUACUGGAAAUAUUUCCUAUAAUCAACUAUUGUCUACUUUAUCAAAAGAUUAUGAUAAUUUUAUGAAUAAAUAUAAUAAUACACAAUGUUCCAAAUCUUCACCUCUUCCAACGAUAGAAACAACAGAAAAUUUUGCACAACAAAUUUUACAAAGUUCUGAGGAUACAUCAUCAAGUUCAUCGGCAACAAACAAAUUAUUUACAGUUUUAUCGAUAUUUGGUGUAAUAGCAUUUCUUUUAGGAAUUUCUUACAAGUAUUCGUUAUUUGGAUUUCGGAAACGAUUUCAAAAACAAAAAUUAAGAGAAAAAAUAAAAAAUAUAAAGAAGAAAAUGAAUCAAUAA